AUGAUUUCGUUACACCGGAUCUGGGUCAGCGCCGCCACACGCUUGCGUCAUGAUACUGUUGUGAGCGCACGUCCUCAACCCAGCAGAUGCAUCAACCAGAUUGAUGAGGUUUGUGAGACCAUUGAGAAGAGCAUAAACCAGGCAGUGCAAAAAACACUUGACCAGCUGGAGAAAGACUGUAACCUGAUCAUCUCUACCAUCAACCAUACACUGGAACAGGACCGGAUGAAUGUGAGCAGCAAUAAAAGUAAUCGUUUUAAUUAUUUCCUGUGUGGAGUUGUGGGAAUCUUCCUUCCAUCGCUCUUCAUCCUCAGCUUCAUCAUCAGCACCUUCGCUCCAGAGGAACUGGACUGUCUUGUUGGAGAGGGAUUGGCUAAAACGCUCUACUUUUCCACAGGAAUAGUUGUGUAUCUGUGGGACUGGAUUCCUGAAGAUUGGCAGAUAAUGUUUGUGAUCAUCUUUGGUGCUCUGUGCUACUUUAUGUUGUUCUUGGCUAAGUAUUUUGCACGUCAGGGCAGUAAGACGCUGACUAAAAGAGAGAAGAAACAACUGGCAGAGUACAGUGACUACAUCCAGGAUAUCGUCAAAUCCAAGAAGUGUGGUUGUGUGUGUAUGAGCGGUGCACACGUCACUGCAGACGGACAGAGCUCCAGUUCACUUCACUGUGACUUUCUGAGAGUCUUCCACACUGACGUCGGAGGUCACGACCUCUAG